UGUUAGCGGUGCUCCCCCGGGAUUACCCACAAAAACAGUUCUAAACAUUUACAUUUCAUUCAUCACGUGUUCACAUAUUAUUGUUAAAAGUGUUAUUAAUGUGAAGUGAUUUGUGGAUGUAUGUGGAGGAUUAAACGCUUUAUUAUCUGAGUGCAGUGAUCUGAAUUGUUUGAGUGUUGAUGACAAUAAACUCCAGAACUGCUGCGACUCUGUUGUAAAGACUCGUCAUUCCACAGCACAGCGCACCGGUCAGAACCGAACCCGACCGGUACCGGACCGCGCACAGGUGAAAGAAACGAGGCUUGUGCUCCUGCUGUCUCUGUGGAACAUCUGAAUGAUCUCAGGGUUCUGGGUGUUUACUUACUCAUUCUAUAGGACGGUGCCAAUACUUUUGGAGCUGAAUGAGAGCGAGGGGAGGGGCUUCCAGCAUUCAUCUUCUGAGAGACAAACACAACCUAGUUUCCUCUUGAGUGUGUGUCUCAGAAAUAGCAGAAUCAGCAGCAUGCAGAAGGUCACAGAAGAAUGGACAGAGAUGGAGGAGAGGAGAACAUCAGGGACAUCAGCAGCAGGAAAGAAGGAGCAGAAGGAGGAGUGUGAGACACUGAUGAUGGAGCUGAACCGUCUGGUCCAGAAAACUGUGAGGGACAGUAGCUGGUGGGACAGGAGAGGACUGGACUGCACCAUCCUAGCUUCAGCAUUCAUCAGCCUGCCCACAGCAUUCUUGCUCUUGUCCUCGUCUCACGUGUGUUACUUCCUGUUGGGUUUGGUUCUGAUGGGAGUGGCUCAUGCCGUGAUCACAGUGAAGGGAACUCAUUUGGCCAGUCAUGGAGCUCUAACCGAGUCCAGUGCCUGGGGACGGUUCUGGGUCGUCUUCUUUAUCGAGGUGUGUGGCUCGUUCACGGCGAAUGUGAGUGUGAAAUCACACGUUAAAAUGCACCACGCUCACACGAACGUGAUCGGACUCGGAGACUCGAGCACAUGGAAGGUUCCGUUCCUGCCACGGAGUGUUUAUCUGUUCAUCGCACCGCUCGUUGUGCCCAUCAUCACUCCUCUAGUGGCCAUGGGGCAGCUAAAAGGCCAGCCUCUGUACACAGCAGUGCGUACAGUGGUGUGUGUGUGUGUAGGUGUGUGUUCCCAGUAUGUACUGCUGCGGUGUGUAUCAGGGUUUACAUGUAGCUCAGCGCUGCUGGUGAUGCUGCUGAGCAGAGGCAUGUUCUCCAUCCCAUACAUUCACAUCAACAUCUUCCAGCACAUCGGACUGCCGAUGUUUUCUCCGAAUCGCCGACCCAAGCGUAUUUACCAGAUGAGCCACGGAGUGUUAAACCUGUCAAGGAACCGGCUGUUGGACUGGAUCUUCGGCCACUCGCUCAUCAACUGCCACGUGGAGCAUCAUCUGUUCCCCUCGCUGUCCGACAACAUGUGCCUCAAGGUAAAGCCGAUCGUGUCGCAGUUCCUGAAGUCGAAGGCUUUGCCGUAUCAGGAGGACGGAUACUUCUCUCGUUUGCGACUCUUCUUCCACAAGUAUCAGGAGCUGAUGGUGUUUGCUCCACCGAUCACCGAGCUGGUGGGGGUACAGUGAGGCUGAACCCCAUCAUAAAUCCCGACAUUUCGUCUCUCUCACACACACACACACACACACACACACACACACACACACACACUAAGAUUGUAGACAUCAUACACAACUUCCAUCGUGAUUACACUAGGUUCUGAUGUCGGUUAAAGACAUACUAAAGACUAAUAAUGUUUAGGGUCUUAGAUAGAGACCAUACAGACAGGCUACAGCCAUAGGCCACACCCACUGGACAGGCUACAGCCACAGGCCACACCCACCAGACAGGCCACAACCACUGGACAGGCCACACCCACAAAGGAGAUCAUUAGUGCAUUAGUGUAAUAACAUCUGCUUAUUUCUGUAACAAUGAGCAAAACAUCAGGUAAAGCAAAAAGUUAACAAUUAUGCUUUUAAACAUGAAAGAGAUUCACUGAGAAAACAAACAUGCAGCUCUGCACUAUAAUAACACUAAUAACAACAUUUUAUUCAUGCCAUUUUUUACUUUUGUUUCUUUUUUGUUGGAACCAGUCAAAGCACUGCAUGUGAUCUUUAAUAAACAAAAGUUUAAAAUGGAAA